GGUGCACGGAUGGGGUGGCUACUGGUCGAUGAUCAUGCCAGCAGUCGUAUUCGUCGCGCACAACGUGCUAUGGCUGCUCGGCAUUCGACGUCAGGGAAGUCAUGAUGCCGACCUUGCGCAUGCAGCGGACGUGUAGGUCAGCUUCAGGUUGUGCCGCGACAGGUUGCGACGCUACAUGGACGGUUGAGGUGUCCGGACAGGAUCAGGCCUCGCGGGGCUGGAGGAACCAUGUCCGGAUACUGGCUCAGGCAUCCGCCCUCAUGAACGUCGAUUUUGUCCGGAUUACAUCAGGCAUACCCCCCUCAAAAUGGUCUGGUUUUGUCCGGAUUGGGAUCAGGCCUCUCCCCCAAUUAAUAGGGGUCCUAACUGCUAUCGCGGUUGUUGCUGCUUUGGCCCAGACUUGUAGACUUCCUUUCUGGAGCUGCGGCCAGGCAUUAUCCGGCCUUAAGGCGGUCUGUGCAAUCGAUGUCUCCCACCCACGUCGACAUGCAUCCUGCGCACAUCCGCCAAUUCUGCCUGUCUAUCAACAUCUACGUCUCAUGCGCGGCAAAGCAAUUCGAGAUCCUGUUGAACGGGGAACUCUGCGAUGCAUUGCACACGUCAACUGAUGGUAUACUUCUCGUAAGCUUCGCGACCGCCAAGCCUCCGCUCAUCCACGAGUUCAUACUAAUAGUAA